AUGACCCGGGAGAGGGUCAUUGUGCGGCAAUCAUACUAUUGGCCCGACUGGCAGUUGAAUGUAUGGAUCAUAAUCAUGCUGGCAGCGGGAGGGGUGCUGGUGGGUGUGUUCUCAAGUUUCGUUGUUGUUCAGACGCAUUUAGGGAAGUUGGGCAUACCAUGGAUCAUGCCAUUCGGCAUCACAGUCGGAGCCCUUACUAUCGCAUUUAUCAUUCUCAUGCUCCUCCUGAUCAUCCAACGACGCCUGCUUCCCGGCAUCCUUAUUAUCGGCUCCUUCAUCCUUCUCGUUCUGUACAUAACAGGACUGAUCGAGACUGCCAUCCAACUCUUCGGACCUGCCGGAGACAUCAAUUCUAAGUGUCAACAAUUCGUCUUCGACAAUCCCUCCAAAGAUCUCAGCAUCAACACCCUGGCAUGGCUAGAGCAGAACAGCAUAUGUCAGAGCUGGUUGGCUGCAUUCUCCUUCUGGAUUAUUGGAGCCGUGUUCUUGGUGUAUUUGAUUGUACUGGCCAGUAUGGUUGCUCAGGGAGGUUAUGAAGAUUGA